AUGUGGCUGUUUACAUCAAACAGAUCAGCAAAUGCUAAAGUGAUUGGACGAGCCAAGCAGUGCAUUCAGGUGUUGAAGGACUUCCAACACCUGCCCUUCAUUGUGCUGGUCCAAGACAUCAUCCAAGUCUUGAGUUGCGUGAAGAGAAAGAUCCUGUCCAGUGUGAUUGACAGACUGCAGAACCAAUUCAAGGGAGCUGAGUCUCAUCAGGUGCUCCAGGCUGCAGCAAGACUGGUGGAUCCUCGUGAGUGGCCAGCUGACAGUCAAGAGCUAGCUAGUUAUGGCAGGGACCAUCUUGCCACAGUCAGCAAGCACUUUGCCAAUGUGCUUGACCACAUGGGAUGUGACCGGGAGAAGGCACAGCGUGUGGAGUGGCCAAGUGCUAAGGUACUGAUCAAGUCCCUACCACAGGGCCUACAAAGGAAUGCUUGGCAGGACUUUUUCCUGGAUGAUGUGCGGAGAAGCAGCUUCCCCAACCUCCUCCUCAUCGUGGAGCUCAUCUUGGUCCUGCCCCUGUCCACAGCAUCGGUCGAGAGGGGAUUCAGUGCCAUGAAGCGAACCAAGACUGACUGGAGGAGCAACCUGAGUGUCCACACACUGACACGGCUGCUCUUCAUUAGCCGAGAGGGGCCUGACAUGGAGCACUUCAAUGCCAUGCCAGUAGUGAGGAGGUGGCUCAAAGAGGCAGAAAGAAGGCGCGUUCAGUGA